UAUUGUACUUAACUCGAUCAAACUGAAACAUUCUACGUGUUGGUUCUUCCACACUCUUUGCUUCUUGUUUUUCGUGUCUUGUGUUCUUUAUCUUCUUCUCGUUUUAUCCAUUUUCUUUGUUUCUUUGAAAACCCUUUGAAAAGGUUUGGAGAAAAUAUUUUCAUAAUGUGUGGCAUACUUGCUGUGCUUGGUUGCUCUGAUGAUUCACAAGCUAAACGAGUUCGCAUACUUGAACUUUCUCGCAGAUUGAAGCACCGUGGGCCAGACUGGAGUGGGCUCCACCAACAUGGUGAUAACUAUUUGGCUCAUCAAAGGUUAGCCAUUGUUGAUCCUGCUUCUGGUGAUCAACCUCUCUUCAAUGAAGACAAGUCCAUUAUUGUCACGGUGAAUGGAGAAAUCUACAACCAUGAAGAGCUUAGGAAACAAUUGCCUAAUCACAAGUUCCGUACACAAUGUGACUGUGAUGUUAUUGCACACCUGUAUGAGGAAUAUGGAGAAAAUUUCGUGGAUAUGUUGGACGGUAUAUUUUCGUUUGUUGUGCUGGAUACUCGCGACAACAGUUUCAUAGUUGCGAGGGAUGCGAUAGGUGUCACUUCCUUGUACAUUGGUUGGGGACUAGAUGGAUCUGUUUGGAUUGCAUCGGAAUUGAAAGGACUGAAUGAUGAAUGUGAACAUUUCGAAGUUUUUCCACCUGGUCACUUAUACUCGAGCAAAGAAAGAGAGUUUCGCCGUUGGUACAAUCCUCCAUGGUUCAAUGAGGCUAUCAUUCCAACAACACCUUAUGAUCCUCUAGUUUUGAGGACCGCCUUCGAAAAGGCUGUGAUAAAGAGGUUGAUGACUGAUGUGCCUUUCGGUGUUUUACUAUCGGGAGGUUUGGAUUCUUCGUUGGUCGCAGCUGUCACUGCUCGACACCUUGCUGGUACAAAAGCUGCUAAGCAGUGGGGAGCAAAAUUGCACUCUUUCUGUGUAGGCCUCAAGGGUGCACCUGACCUAAAGGCUGGGAAAGAGGUAGCAGAUUUUCUAGGAACUGUCCAUCACGAGUUUCAGUUUACUAUUCAGGAUGGUAUAGAUGCGAUUGAAGAUGUCAUCUAUCACACAGAAACCUACGAUGUCACUACAAUAAGGGCCGCAACGCCUAUGUUUCUGAUGUCUCGUAAGAUCAAAUCAUCAGGAGUCAAAAUGGUUAUUUCUGGAGAAGGAUCUGAUGAAAUCUUUGGUGGAUAUUUGUAUUUCCAUAAGGCACCAAACAAAGAAGAGUUUCACCAAGAAACGUGCCGCAAGAUCAAAGCUCUUCAUAGAUAUGAUUGUUUGAGAGCAAAUAAAUCAACAUAUGCAUGGGGUCUAGAAGCUAGAGUUCCAUUUUUGGACAAGGAGUUUAUCAAGGUUGCAAUGGACAUUGAUCCUGAGUUUAAAAUGAUAAAACAUGAUGAAGGAAGAAUUGAGAAAUAUAUUCUAAGAAAGGCCUUUGAUGAUGAAGAGAAUCCUUAUCUGCCUAAGCACAUUUUAUAUAGGCAGAAGGAACAAUUCAGUGAUGGAGUUGGAUAUGGCUGGAUUGAUGGCAUCAAGGAUCAUGCUGCAAAACAUGUCACUGACAGAAUGAUGUUCAAUGCAUCUCACAUCUUUCCUUUCAACACUCCAAAUACCAAAGAAGCAUAUUACUAUAGAAUGAUCUUUGAAAGGUUUUUCCCUCAGAACUCAGCAAGGCUUACAGUUCCUGGAGGACCUAGUGUUGCAUGCAGCACAGCGAAAGCUAUUGAAUGGGAUGCUUCUUGGUCAGGCAACCUUGAUCCUUCUGGUAGAGCAGCACUUGGAGUGCAUGUUUCAGCUUAUGAAAACCAAAUCAAUGCAGUUACAAAAGGUGUAGAGCCAGAGAAGAUUAUACCAAAGAUAGGAGUUUCUCCACUUGGAGUUGCCAUUCAAACCUAGAAUGAGACAUAGCAAGUACUAUUACUUGCCCAAGAAAUCAAGAUAUUAUUAUUAUCCUAUUUAGUAUUAAAUAAAAAGAAUAACAUAAAGGAAAAAUUUGCCUGUUGUGUAUUUUAUAUCCAGGCAAAUUUGUAUGUAUAAGGCUUUCUACUUAGCUGUAUCUACGUGUUUUGAUGUUGUGUAAUCCACAUCUUGUCUGUUUUUAAUUGAUGUGGUGAUUUGGAUACUUUCAUAUUGUAAUUUGGCUUAUUAAGAAGAGUUGUGUAUUAUGUUAAAUUUGAA